AUGCAUUCACGAACGCUCGAAACCCUGUCGUUUGAUCCGUUCUUCCAGGAAGCGUCUGCAAAGGCGCAAGACGCUUGGCGUGCAGUUGUUGGCACUGCCGCCACUCUGGGUAUUCCAACACCAGCUCAUUCUACUGCUUUGAGCUUCUACGAUGGCUUGCGACAUGAGCGUCUUCCUGCCAACAUGAUCCAGGCCCAGCGUGAUUACUUUGGUGCUCAUACCUAUGAGCUUCUUCAUGAGCCUGGAAAGUAUGUCCACACCAAUUGGACUGGCACUGGCGGCAAUGUUUCCGCCUCCACUUACCAAGCUUAA